AUGGCAGACCUUAUGGAUGGGGGCUACCAGCGGCUCCUACUGGAAGGUGUAGAUAAUGGACGCCUCAGAGUACAGCACCAUAGGGCAGAGGCUCGCCGUCCUCCUACUGCUUGGAGUCGAGGUGGGCAACCCGCAAGGCCAUCUCCACCCGCGAGGCCACUCAGGGAGGCGCACGGGACCUCCAGACCGUCCAGGCUCAGCCCUCUCCCCGUGUCUCGCCCACCUCCCACAUCGCUCCCUUCAGCAUGGAGCUCCCGAAACAGCGUUACUAUGAUUGUCAGAGGCGUACCCCCGAAGGCCUCACCGUGGGAUAUCCGGCAAUUUUUUGAGAGAUACGGCAGGGUCGUGUGGGUUGAGGUUGACAGCGCCUCAAGACCUGGAGCCCGAUCUGCCAAGGUGCGCUUCGAGCCUCCGCCGACGGAUACGAGCUUCUUCCAGCAGGGCGAAUGCCGACUCGCCAUCUGCGGGACGGUGUCACGGGCUUGGAUCGAAUUCCCGAAGCAGCCUCCUGAAGAGCAUACCCUGACAACACCCCUCGGCAAUACUUGUCCAGCAUCGCUAGUACUGCGUCCCAUCAAGCUCACCUUCGGCAUCUUGACCCAGCCAACUACACUCAUGUGUAAAAGAGAGAUUCGGUCACUGGGCAGUGGUUUCGAACUCACGUUGACGGCCGACUUUAAGCGGAAGAAGCUGGUCAUCCAUUUCCCUCUCGUCAUCGACCGUGAAGGUCAGCACUAUCGGAUGGAUAUCAAGUUCGGCAUCAUCAAGCAAAUCUAUCGGACGCAUUCGGCGCUCAUCAUUUCCUUGGAAGAUGUUCCCCUUUUCCGCAAGAAGCCGAUGGCUGUGAAUGGCGAGGCUUGGGCUGAUCGGUUGGUCUGGGGAGAGGACGAGCUUUGGCAGAGAGUCGUGGACAUCCGAUCAAGCUUCGAAAACCCCAAGGCUGGACCAGUAUCCUUGGAAGAGAAGCCCAGGAUAAUUGACCUGGGACGUUCGACGACCUACUGGAUGGACCUUGAUAAGGCUGGACAGGAGAGAUGGUCCGCCAUUGAGUCGCAUCUCCAUGAAUGGAAUGUCAACACGGACGUCGGAGUCGGUUUCACACAAAUCCCCAACAAGGAUCCGGAUCUGUGGGAUAUUCUGGCGGAUUCGCCCGUAGGCUUAGGGGUAUCAUCGGCAGGGACAACUUCCUCCUGGAACCACGAUCUAGCUCUGCUCUCCCUGACGGGACAGAUUUCACUGCCCUUUGAUGUCCGAUACCAGCUGGAAGUUUGCAUCUCGCGCGGCAUUCUCUCCGAGUACAACAUUAGCCGCGACUUCCUUGAAAAGCUGGUUGAGCUAUCAAUGCCUAGCGGGUUUGGUCCUAACCGAGCGCGAUUGAUCCUCGAGUACGCGGCAGACAAGGGACGGCCGAUACAUAACCCUAUGGACCUGUUCAAGGAUUCAAGCGCCAUGACCUACUAUCCGGCCACUCUCCAUAUACCCGAUUAUUGCGCCUUGAUGCGCAAGGUGACUGUUACACCGACUAGGAUCUACUUCAGCACGCCGACCGUCGAGACCACCAACCGCAUCAUCCGCCGUUAUAAGGAGGUCCAGGAGUACUUCGUUCGUGUCCAGUUCACUGACGAGCUACUGGAGGGCCGGAUCAGGGCUUGUGAGGUAGACCGAGACGACGAGCUCUACGCGCGUGUCUAUCGGGUCAUGAUUCAGGGAAUCCGCAUGGGGAAGUGGCGCUGGAGGUUUCUUGCCUUUGGGAACUCUCAAAUCCGAGAGUGCGGUGCUUUCUUUUUUUGCCAGACAGAAAGCCACCCGGAUAUCACCUGCCAUACUAUCCGCCAGUGGAUGGGAGACUUCAGCCACAUCUCUAAUGUGGCCAAACUUGCUGCUCGACUAGGGCAGUGUUUCUCGACCACUCGUCUGCUACACUAUAUCUCCUCGCCCCGGAUAGUCAAGAUCGACGACGUCGAGAGAGGAGGGUUUUGUUUCACGGACGGUGUUGGAAAGAUCUCCAUGCCGCUUGCUGGUCUCGUAUCCGAAGACUGGAAGCUCUAUCCCCCUCCCUCGGCCUUCCAGUUCCGGAUGGGAGGCUGCAAGGGUGUUCUUGUGGCAUGGCCCGACGCUAAAGGCACUGAAGUGCACAUUCGACGAUCCCAAGAGAAGUUCCACGCCGAGUACAACGGCUUGGAGAUCAUCCGCUGUGCUCAGUUCUCCUGCGCAACUUUGAAUCGACAGACCAUCUUACUCCUCUCGUGCCUGGGCGUUCCUGACGAGGUCUUCACGGGCAUGAUGGAAGAGCAGAUCUCCAACUACAACGCUGCUAUGACGGAUAAGGACAAGGCUGUUGAGCUGCUCACCACCUAUGUGGACGAGAACAUGACAACCGCCACCAUAGCGACCAUGCUAUCGGACGGAUUCAUGCAGACCAAAGAGCCCUUCGUCCAGACGCUCCUUCAACUCUGGAGAGCUUGGUCUAUCAAAGGCCUCAAAGAGAAAGCAAGGCUCGUUGUCGACCAGGGUGCUUUUGUCCUCGGCUGUGUGGACGAGACCGGGACCCUUCGCGGCCACUCCAGGGCUACUGAAGGGCAGAAGAAGAUCCCACGCGACCACCUGCCCCAGAUCUUUCUACAGGUUCCUGACCAAAAGGAUCGAGGCGCGUACAGGGUCAUUACCGGUCUCUGCCUCGUCGGGCGCAAUCCAUCACUCCACCCCGGCGACAUCCGCGUAGUGGAGGCAGUCGAUGUCCCCCGCUUGAGGCAUCUCCGAGACGUUGUGGUGUUUCCGCUCCAUGGUGACAGGGACAUCCCAAGCAUGUUGUCCGGCGGCGACCUCGACGGAGACGACUACUUCGUGAUCUGGGACCCCAAGCUGCUCCCCACCGAAUGGGGUCACCCGCCCAUGAACUACAGCGCGCCAAAGCCGCUGAACGAACCGAAAGCUUCGACCGCUAAGAGCUUGGCAUCUUUUUUCGUUCUGUUCAUGAAGAACGACCGGCUACCCUUGAUCGCCCAUGCUCACUUGGCCACGGCCGACUACGAAAUCGAGGGUCCCAAACACAGGAAAUGUCUUCAGCUCGCCGAAUUGCACUCGACCGCGGUCGAUUACGUCAAGACGGGCAUGCCAGCUGAGUGGGAUAAGAGGUUAGAUCCCCGGAAGUAUCCCCAUUUUAUGGAGAAGUCCAAAAACAAGUCCUAUCAUUCCGGAAGGGUCUUGGGGCAGCUCUACGACAUGGUUGGCAAGGGAGAGUUCAACAACAGAGAGAACUACAUGCUGCCGUUUGACAGCCGCAUCCUCAAGCGAUACCAGCUGGGCCACGAGCUCCUAAAGGAGGCGAGGAAGAUCAAAAGCCAGUACGACAUUGGCAUGCGCAGGGUUAUGGGCCAGCUCGAGAUCAGGACCGAGUUUGAAGUCUGGACAUCCUUUGUCUUGUCCAAGCCCAAGGUUGGGUCAGACUACAAGGUUCAGGAGAGGGUCGGGCGCGAGGCAGCAGGUCUCAAGAAACAGUUCCGCGAUCUGUGUCUGAAGACGGUACAGGAGCACAACUUCGACAAGCUGGAGUUUGUCGCUGCCAUGUACACAGUAACAUGGGAGGAGAUGCGGAUCGCACUCUACCAGGCCCGGCAACCGCACGUGCUCCCGGAUGGAACGGUGGGCUUGAAGCGCGUUACGGCGCGCUCGAUGCCCCUAAUCAGCUUCCCAUGGCUAUUUCCGAACGAGCUGGGCCGCAUUGCCGUCGGUGGUGAGAAGCCAGCGGCGGGACGGCGGUUCGUAGCGAAACCCACGUCUACCAAACCAACGAAGCCCGGAGCAAGCACCAGCUUGGGGUGGUCGGAAGAGCCUGAACUUGACUUUUUAGCCGCGAUGCAUUGCACCAAGACAAGCGACGGCCAGGUUAUCCACCGCGGCGAGACCUUGCACCUCUUCUGUCACGAAGAUGAUGGCGAGGAAGCUUUCUAUUGCAGUGGCGACGUAGCCGACUCAAGCUCUCCCGUUGAUGCUACGUCUGAGUGGCCUUAUGAGGGACAGGUGCCUGACAAACCGCCGACGGGCGAGAUGACCCCAAGUGACUUCCCAGUCCUCCUGGAUCUCGGCACAGCCCUGGACAGCGAGGAGCCUAGCUCCUCAUCCUCGUCUGUUACGUCUUCCGUCCCAACUACGUCUGCCAGCAACCCAGCGGUGGCGGCUCCCCAGAUGGCCGAGACUGGCGGCGACUCGACUAUGGUCGAUCUCCUGUCGUCGGAUACGGAUGCAAUGUGGGAUGUCUCUCCGUGUCUGACUCCGGAUAGGGUACUGGCCCCUCGACAGCUGAAUGCAGUGACGGCGAAUGCUCCGCUGGACGGCAUCUGGGCCGGAGAGUCUACUGCCUUUAAAGCAAUUGGUACACCGCCACGCUCCUCACAGGACGGGAAUGAGAAUGACGCUACGGGGUCGAGCAAGGACGAUGUUGAGCAUGAAGAGGAAGCUAUUGAGGUGGAGGGGAAGACCGCGCUGGAGCGGGCUAUUCGGCUUGCUUGA